ACCAACCAGCGUAAGAUAUGGAUGUCAGUUAGUGUCUUCUUUCUUGGAGUUUUAUUUCGGAUCUUUCCUUUCUGCAUUGCCACGAAUUAAAGUGUAUUGGUUUUAGAAUCAGGAAUACACAUCGUACAUACAUUUGAAUUUAGUACGAUGGACGUACGCGUUAUACUGCUAACCCUGACGGCUGUCAUCAACACCGUCCUGGGACAAAUUAACAAUAUAGGCUAUCCCAGUGAAAGAUUUUCUCAAGCUCAGCUUGGGUCAUCAUUUGGGUCCGAACGAGGCGCACAGUUUGGUGACCAAACUACGACCCAGUUCAGAGGCCCUACUGAUCAACAACUGAGGGGUCAAUCAGGUGCACGGUUUAUUGGGCAAGCCGGUGCACAGUUUAUUGGGCAAGCCGAUGCACAGUUCAGAGGCCAAGCCGAUGCACAGUUCGGGAGUCAGACGAGGUCGCCGUCCAUAGGGCAGAGUUUAGACCGAGGCUCAAGUGGGCGUACAUCACAGGGGUUUAUCCACCAAGAACAGCCGAGAUUUCCCGCUGACACAACAGUCGAUUUCUUCAACAGCAACCUGCAGCUAGACACAAUAGCCUCCCGCAUGGAUCUUGGUGGUGGGUCUUCACAUGGAUCGGGCCGGAGAUCACCUCCUAGAAGUAUCGGUGGGGUGCGCAGAGUAGCUUCCGGUAUCCAGGAGGACCCGUCCUUUAUACAGCGAAUUCUUGGCAGCACGGUAGCUGGCAGGGAACUGAGAAUGGGGGAGAUGGACCUACCGCGGCACGGUGGUGCCGGUAUCGGGGAGCGGCACGCCGACGGGUUGCUCGAUGGCUGGGACGGUAACCCACAGACGCUUAUGAACCAGUUCAAUCGCGGUCCAUCCGGUCCACCCACGUGGUCUGACCCAUUCAAUGGCCGCCGCAUCCCGCAGGUUCCCGUGGGAUUCAACGGCAACUUUGCCUCCAUCAGAGGCUUUGGCCGGGUCCCGCCCGUCAGACCGCGCCGCCGUUGGUGAACAACACGAAGCUACGAUAACCACAUUCGUCAAGCACGUUCCCGUGUAUAAUUACGUUUUGUGCAAUAAAUACACAUAAAUAUAUUUAUUGACUGUUUAAACCGUGACUUACCUAAAUUGUUAUGCAUUACAUAAAUAAAACAUGAUCUACUCUUUUA